GCGGGCGGGCGCGGAGGCGGGGCCAAGAGCACGGGGCCUGGCCCCGCGGGCUGGGCCCGGGCUGGAGCCGGCGGGCGGGAGCGGCUGCCGGAUUCCCCGUCGCAGCUGCCGGAGCUGCCGGGAGCUGGAGGACAGUCCCCGCCGGAGUCGGAGUCGAGCCCAGCCGAGCUCACCGCCAGGCACCGGCCGGAGCGCGGGCCUGGGCACUGACGGAGGCAGGGAGCCGCGACGACUGGGCAUCGCAGGACACCACGGGGUGCAGGAGCCUGGAUUACCCCGGCCGGGCCUGGUCAUGGCCUGAACGCGCAGGAGAUGCGCGCAGGAGAUCCCGGAAUCUGCCCGGAAGAGGAAGAAGAACCGGGAUUCUCUCAGCCUGGCGUGGGCACUAGGUGGGGAGAAGAGUAGAGACUUCACCUGGCACAGGGCAGAGGUGCCCGGAGCUUACUAGGCCAGAGAGCCUGGCAUCCCAGCAGCCGCGACCUGGGCUCCGCACGGCUCCUGGACCUGGGCUGGCACGGGCCUGGCAGAACAGGCCCUUAGCUCACCUGUCUGAAAGGAAGGCCGGGAUCUGAGAAGCCAGGACCAGGGGGCAGGGCUCUCUGGUGGCUCUGGGGAGCUGGCCUCCUGCCCCAGCCCCACGGGCACGGAUGUGCCGCUGUCCUCGGGAGCACCAUGACAGCAGGAUGACCUCUGCGGACACAGUGGCAGUGGCCGGCAGUGCUCGGGGGGCUGGUUCCCCAGAGUGGCCCCCCGAAACCCCCCAGGCCCCUGGCCGGCCUGGCCGGGUCCGGGUGGCCAUGGCAGCCCUGGUGUGGCUGCUGGCGGGAGCCAGCAUGUCCAGUCUCAACAAGUGGAUUUUCACGGUGCACGGCUUCGGGCGGCCGCUGCUGCUCUCGGCGCUGCACAUGCUGGCCGCGGCGUUGGCGUGCCACAGGGGAGCCCGGCGCCCCUUGCCCGGCGGUACCCACUGCCAGGUGCUGCUGCUCAGCCUGACCUUCGGCACCUCGAUGGCCUGCGGCAACGUGGGCCUGAGCACGGUGCCCCUGGACCUGGCACAGCUGGCCACCACGACCACACCGCUGAUCACGCUGGCCCUGUCGGCGCUGCUGCUGGGCCGGCGUCACCACCCGCUGCAGUUCGCCGCCAUGGGCCCGCUCUGCCUGGGGGCUGCCUGCAGCCUGGCGGGUGAGCUCCGGACACCGCCCGCUGGCUGUGGCUUCCUGCUGGCUGCCACCUGCCUCCGUGGCCUCAAGUCCAUCCAGCAGAGCGCCCUGCUGCAGGAGGAGCGGCUGGACGCGGUGACCCUGCUGUACGCCACCUCGCUGCCCAGCUUCUGCCUGCUGGCCGGCGCGGCCCUGGUGCUGGAGGCCGGGGUGGCCCUGUCGCCGGCGCCCACCGACUGCCGCCUCUGGGCCUGCAUCCUGCUCAGCUGCCUCCUGUCCGUGCUCUACAACCUGGCCAGCUUCUCCCUGCUGGCCCUCACCUCCGCCCUCACCGUCCACGUCCUGGGCAACCUCACUGUCGUGGGCAACCUCGUCCUGUCCCGGCUCCUGUUCGGCAGCCACCUCAGCACCCUCAGCUACGUGGGCAUCGCACUCACCCUGGCGGGGAUGUUCCUUUACCACAACUGCGAGGUCGUGGCCUCCUGGGCUGCCCGCUGGGGCUUCUGGCGGAGGAACCAGCCUGGCAAGGGUCUCUGAGGCCUGGGAGAGCGCCUGGGCCGUCGGGGACAGCCCCCCCCAGCCUGAACCCAACCUUGGCCAGUGGCCGUGGGACAAGCGGAGAGCAGGCAGCCACCCGGCCUUGGGAGGGCGAGGUGCCUUCGGGAAAGGCCACCUGGGGGGCUGCAUGGGGCCUCCCAGCGAGACACCCCCCCCCCAUCCCUGCCUCCCUCCCCUCACCCCAGGCCCCGCUCACCACUGGAUGGUGGGUCCACGCCUGGCCAUUCACUGUGCUUGUCAGAGUAACUAUUAUUAAUCCCGACGACUACGCCGAAAACUGCUGGCCAAACUUCGAGGACCUCUCCGUGUUCUGAUGACGAUGAUGACGAUUCCUGGCGGUUGCACAAUCCUCCCUCCAGGAAGUGGGGGAGGCAGCUGGGGGGCCUGGGGACGGGCUUGUUGCUGCUGGGCUCCCCUGGGGGGGGGUGUUAUCUGUGCCAAUUCCCGGCAGCUGCUGUAGCCUCAUCCCUGGACCCUCCAGUUUUGGGUCUUCCGCCCUCAAAUAAACUAUUUUUGCUUGUA